AUUAAUAUUUCUGAAAUGUUUGUUGUGACAAAAAUCGGGCAAGGCUAUUCGGCGGAUGUUUAGCUGGUUAAUAGAUGUGGACAAUUGAUGGCUAUGAAGGUCUUUAAAUAACAAUAGUCAUCAUUGUAUGAAAAUGAAAUAAAAAUGAUGCAGUUAUUAAGCAACAUCCCAGGGGUCAUCAGAGUAAGAGAAUGUGAAUGUGAUGGUUGCAUUAUGAUGGACUACGCAAAAUAGGGAAAUCUGUUAUAAUAUUUAAAGCUCAGAAAAUUCACUGAAGAAUUUUCAAGACAUUACUUUAAAUAAAUGAUACAAAUUAUUUCUGAAAUUCAUAAAAAAGGAGUAGCUCACAGAGAUCUAAAGUUGGAAAACAUAUUAUUGGAUGAUAAUUUCAACAUCCUUAUUUGUGACUUCGGAUAUGCAAUUAACUUUUUAGAUGCACAGAGCAAACGAAUUAAGAUCAAUACUUACGUCGGUUCUCCCUCUACCGCAGCUCCAGAGAUAUUCCUUCAAUAACCUUACCAUGGAAUCGAGGCUGAUUUAUUUCAAUUAGGAGUCAUACUAUUUUAGAUUACUUCUGGUUUCUGUCCCUUUUAAACUGCAAACAUCAAAACAGAUUAGGUAUACUAAUUAAUUUACAGAAAACAGUACAACAAGUUUUGGGAAGUACAAUAGGUUGAUUUUAGUCCUGAAUUGAAGGAUCUCAUAACAAAGCUAAUGGCAUUUAAUCCUAACUAACGAUUAUCAAUCUCCGAAAUUGAGGCACAUCCUUGGAUACUCAAGUGUGGAGUUGAUGAUUCACUUAUUGUUCAUGAAAUGAGCAAUAGAUACCAAUAGAUACUUUAAACAUCUGAAGAAUAAGAACAAUGAAAUAAUCUAUUUUACUUUAUCAAAAUUAAGAUAUCGAAAUUAUAUAUA